AUGGAUACAUGUCAAGCGUCCGAUAAGUUUUUAGUAGGUUUAGAAAAUUUCAAGUUACAAAAUGAUGAAAUUGAGGUUGAAAAAAUUAAAACUCAACAAGAAUUACAUUAUAGAAAAGCCAAAUCAGGUCAUCAGGCAUUAAGGGAUGCAAUAUUAAACCCAGAUGUGCAUGCAAUAAGUUUUGAUCUACAGCUAACCCUUUCCACACCAAAUCUUGCCACUGGUCCCAUAUUCUAUAAGAGAAAACUGCGGUGCUAUAAUUUAAGCAAACAUUCCCUUGGAGAUAGUCAAGGUCACUUUUUUAUGUGGGAUGAAUCCACUACUAAAAGAGGGUCGGACGAAAUAGAUAGCUGUCUCAAAAUGUAG